UGUUUUUAAUUGUUUCCACACCGGGGACGCAUAUUUUGACCCAAACUAUUUGUUUGUAUUUCUUUGACAAAGGUGUUCCUAGAACAAUCCUGAUAUCGGACGAUGCAUAGGGAAUUGUACAAGCAAAAUAUCAGCAGUAGUGAACGACAGGAGCUUCGUCGUCAAAAGCUAUUGCAAGAGCAAAGGAACAGACGUCUGGAACAGCAGGACGAACUGCGUGAGCUGCCUUUGUUACAAAGGAAGGAAAGCAAUGGGCGUAGUAAAUAUAAGAAGCAUAAUUUCCAAGAUUUGUAUGGCACCGAAAUAUCUCUUCAGUUUUCGGAAUGGAUGAAGGAGAAGCCAGAGAAUUUGGCCGAAUGGUUUUUGGUGCCCUGCCCCAAGGGUCAAAGGUGUUUGGUAGUUUCGGCGAGGGGACGCACGAAAAUGUUUAGUAAAAACGGUCGUCACCGAAUGUCCUUUAAAUCCAUUCUUCCCGGCGGUGGGGCUUCUGUCAGAAGUGCUGGAGGAUUUUCCAUUUUGGACUGUGUCUACAACGAAGAUAUGGGUGCAUUUUAUGUCCUGGAUGUCUUGUGGUAUGGCAAACAAAGUUUCCUUGAUUGUGAAGCUCAAUUCCGCUUCUUUUGGCUCAAGUCUAAAUUUGAAGAGCUGCAGGAGGAGGAGGAGUAUAAUACAAAGAAUAUUGAAAAUAUUAAGCAAUUUUUUCUAUUGGAAAGCUGCGAUAUGUGCAACGAUGAGUCGAUUGCGCGGGCUCUACAAUGCUAUCCACUGUGGGCGGAAAACCAACCACAAUUGGAUGGUUUUCUGUUCUAUCAUAAAGAGUCCAGUUACACCUGCGGCUCCACACCACUUGUAUGCUGGCUUUUCCCCUUUAUGGUGAAUGAUGUUUUGCAAAUGUCGGUUAGCAACCAAUACGAGAUACCACCUAACUACUCCACCCCUUUGUUCUAUAUGGAGGAGUUUGACAGAGAAAUGGCGCGUAAACGGCAAAAGUGGCAGUCAAAGAAAAUGGAUUGCAGCAAUGACACAGAUUCCUUGAACUCUUCGAUAUGUUCGAAUUCUCAGACCAACACAGGUGGUAUGGAUUAUCUGAAAGAAGAGUUGGGCGAAAGAGCGGAGCAGCAAAACACGACAGAGGACAUGAUGAUGGGAGGCAAGCAAGUUGACUCUUUGCAACACAUAAUGAAUGCGGAGCGCCUGUUAGAAUUGGAGGGAAUUGCAGAGCUAUGAAUGAAUUUCUACCUUUGGGGGGAGAUUUUGCUCGGACUUGCGCACUAGAGUUUGCAAGUUAGGACAUGUAUGCACACGAGCAUUGUCUGGGCACUGAAACUGUAAAGAAGCUUAACAGUGCAGAAGAAAAUGAAGAGUCGCUUGCAAAACCAAAGAAAAUAAUAAAUUGUGAGAAAUAAAAACCUUAA